AUGGCGGACCAGUCCAUCAUCCGCAUCACCAAGGAAAUCAGCGAGCUCCAGAAGAGCAACGAUCUCUCUCUCGCCGUUGCCUUCCGCGAUCGUGAUGUUCGGAGUGUCAAGGCUAUGAUCAUCGGCCCGCACGAGACUCCCUACGAGUUUGGCUUCUUCGAGUUCUCCGUCAAGUUCAACAAAGGUUGGUCCUGGCCUAGCACUACUGUCCUUAGUUCUACAGCCUCGCUAAUUCACAUCGGUCCGCCUCAAGAGUACCCGCGUAAGUCGCCUUCGGUAACCUGCAUCACAACCAACAGCGGACGAUGUCGCUUCAACCCAAAUAUCUAUUCGACGGGUAAAGUCUGCCUAUCCAUCUUAGGAACAUGGCGAGGCGAGCGAGGUGAGGAGUGGUCCGCCGCCCAGGGCUUAGAAUCCAUCCUCCUCUCUAUACAAAGCCUCAUGUCAUCCAACCCCUACGAGAACGAACCCGGCUUCGAGGAUGCGAACGAGGCACCAGACAAGAAGGCUCAAAAGGACUACGUCGCCAAGAUACGGCACGAGACCUUACGCAUUGCCGUCAUUCAGAAGCUAGAGGAAGUGCUUGGGCUGCCUGGCGGCGGUGUUGCCCCUCUUGCGCCCACGGAGAGGGAAACAUACGAUCUAGACACCGAUGAGGAUAUGGACGUUGACGACUCGAGCGUACCUUGGGAACCAUUCAAGGACCUAUACAAACGCCGUUUCUUAUGGUACUACGACUCAUACCUCGAUGCCAUCAAGAAAGCAAAGGAAGAAGUCAAGGAUGGCCAGGCAUUCGUCCGUAUGCCGUUUGAAGCUAGUAGCAACACUAUGGACGGCGUCUUCAACUACACUGAGCUUGAACGUCGUCUGCGCACCAUCAAGAAAACAUUGGAUGCGGAACCUACCCGCUGGGCCGUCGAAGGUCUAACUCCUAAGAUGAAGGAUUCCACCGUAUGCGUCAAUCUCGCCCGCCAGUUCGAUCAGGUGAAGGAAUCGUUCAAGCGGAAUGAUGUACACCAUAACAUCGAAUUGGAGAACGGGAACCCGUUCGUCUGGAUCAUUACCUACUUUGGUCGGCCAAUGACCAAUUUCGACGGAGGCAUGUUCCGGAUCAAGGUCAGCUUCAGCAGUCGAUUCCCUGAGGAGCAGCCGAGAAUCAAGUUCGAGACGCCGGUUUUUCACCAUCGAGUCACAGCUGACGGGAUCCCGUGCUACUUUCCGAAUCCUAAUCGUCGAGACGAUGUUAGACAGCAUAUUGAGGCGAUCUUCGACACCAUUGAAGAAGAGCAACCUCCGUACGAUCCGAGAACACAAGUCCAUCCCGAGGCACACAAGCUCUACUGGGGCGGUGCCGACGACCGAAAGGUCUACAAUAGACGGCUACGUAGAUCGGUGCAGCAGAGCAUGGAAGAUUUCUAG